AGCAUCAACAUGAGCUCGUUAAUAUUCCCAGAGCUUCUGGUGCUGCUCUUGCUAUUGCUGUUGUUGUGGCCACUGACAGCGACGACAUCAAUGUCAGGCCACGUGUCACUGCCAGCUGACGCAGCAAUCCCCAGUGGACAGCCUAAAGGAGAUGCGUGGGGCAAUCAAUUGCCGGAUAUGCUAGUCGCUUACUAUCGCCACCAUGGCGUGCACAGUCUGAUGCUCGUUGUUUGUCACGCGGACAUUGCUGCGUCACGUCUGCAUUUGCUCCUGCAGCACUUGAUGGCGCACGACAUCUAUGUGCAGCUCUGGACGGAGCAUUGUCUGAAUGAUCUGCAACAUGUCAGCAAUGAGACGCAGAUGGACAGUGACUCACAGGUGCCCAAGCCGCCGCGCACCUUCUUCCCCAACAAUGACACCCACUGGGAGCUGGCUUUUCUGCUGCCCGGCCUCCACAACAAGCUGGGCAUCCUGCUGCUGCAGUUCAACAGCUCGUGUGCCCUGAAUCUGCUGCGCUGGUCAGCGGCCUGGGAGCACAAUUACUUUACCACCAAUCGCUUUUGGCUGCUGCUCACGCAGGAUAUGCAGGAUCUGGGGCUGCUUGCGGACGAGGAGAUCUUCAUACCACCCGAUAGCGAAUUGCGCGUGCUCUGGCAUAGUCCAGCCAUGCCCUUCACUGCAUCCCUGCUAGACGUCUACAAGGUGGCCGCCUGGAAGCCGCCCAAGAUUCGUUUGGUGGGCCAACAACUGCACAACGCUCGGCACAUCACGCAUGCGCUGCAGCAUUUCGGCUCAGCGAUCACAUAUAGACAGAAUCUGGAGGGCAUUGUCUUCAACACCGCCAUUGUGAUUGCCUUUCCAGAUCUCUUUACCACUAUUGACGAUCUGUCCAUGCGGCAUAUCGAUACCAUUUCCAAAGUCAACCAUCGUCUGAUGCUCGAGCUGGCCAAUCGUUUCAAUGUGAGCUACAACACCUAUCAGACCGUCAAUUAUGGCUGGCGCCAGCCAAACGGCUCCUUUGACGGCCUAAUGGGUCGAUUCCAGCGUUACGAACUGGACUUUGCUCAACUGGCGAUCUUCAUGCGUUUGGAUCGCAUUGCUCAAUGCGACUUUGUGGCCGAAACGUAUCGUGUGAGAGCCGGCAUCAUGUUUCGCCAGCCGCCGCUGUCAGCUGUGGCCAACAUCUUCUCGAUGCCGUUCCAGAUAGAUGUUUGGAUCUCGAUAAUCGUGCUGGUGGUCAUAACUGUUGUAGUGAUGCUACUGGAAAUGCUCUUCUCGCCGCACACGCACAAGAUGUCCUACAUGGACUCGCUCAACUUUGUCUGGGGCGCCAUGUGCCAGCAGGGAUUCUACGUGGAUGUGCGCAAUCGUUCGGGCCGAAUCAUAGUCUUCACUACAUUCGUGGCCGCUCUCUUUCUGUUCACCUCCUUCUCGGCGAAUAUUGUCGCCCUGUUGCAGAGUCCAUCGGAUGCGAUUCAAACACUGGGAGAUUUGGGACAAUCGCCUCUGGAAAUCGGCGUGCAGGACACACAAUAUAAUAAAAUCUAUUUUACAGAGUCUACCGAUCCGGUGACCAAAAGUUUGUAUCACAAAAAGAUUGCCACGAAGGGAGAUAAUGCUUACAUGCGUCCGGCUCUGGGCAUGGAAAAAAUGCGCACUGGCCUGUUCGCAUACCAGGUGGAGCUGCAGGCGGGCUACCAGGUUGUCAGCGAUACGUUUAGUGAGCCCGAGAAAUGCGGACUGAUGGAGCUGGAACCAUUCCAGCUACCCAUGAUGGGCAUUCCCACACGCAAGAACUUUCCCUACAAGGAACUAUUUCGCCGACAAUUACGCUGGCAGCGCGAAGUGAGCCUGGUGAACCGAGAGGAGCGCAAGUGGAUACCACAGAAACCAAAGUGCGAGAGUGGCGUUGGUGGCUUUGUGUCCAUUGGCCUCACCGAAUGCCGCUACGCGUUUCGCAUCUUUGGCUACGGCACCGCGCUCAGCUUUGCUGUGUUCCUCUGCGAGCUGAUCCGCAGUCACAGCCAGAGCAUCUACAAGAUUUUCAAGGGUUCCAGACGUAUACAGCAUUAGCCUGCACACAAUUUAUUGAUCAUUCAAUAGUUUGUAGUUUAAUAAGAGGCGACUUAAAUGGGUACGGAUAGCUCCCGGACCACAGCACGUAGCACAUCGGGCGUCUUAAACUGCCAAUUGCGGAUGCACUUGCUCACGCGACACCACGACUCGCCAUGGGUGGGCUCUGCGGCUAUGCAGCGCUCGAGCACCUCCUGCUGCUGCUGUUCUGUGCCAUGCAAUAGCUCAAAUUUGUAGAAAUAUGCCCAAGCAUCGCCCAAAUCUGGAUCAAUUUUGACCUAUGUGAAAAGGAAAUAGAGAAUAUAUAUAGCAAUUAUAAAUUAAA